GGCUGAACUACAGGAAAAUAGAAACCGAUCUUAAAUAUCACAUCUGCUCUCUCCGGUCUCCAUGGCUCUGCAACAUAUUAUGACGUUGCUGUGACGCAAUCAAACAGCGACUGGCUCUAUGGCGUUAUUUUGGGGAUGGAUUUCACAGAAUGCUAUGAAGACACGGUGUCCAGCGCGGCUGCUGCAGCCCGCUCAGGCUGCAGGAGGCAGCUGAGGAGGCUGAUCGACAGAGGCUGCAGUGUGGACGGCCGGGAUAACCGUGGCUGGAACCCCCUGCAUGAGGCGGCGGCCGCUGGCAGCAAAGAGUGUGUGCAGGAAAUACUGUCUGCAGUGAGCGGUAAGAAGGACCAGGAAAUGUUGAACAGAUGCCACUGGAACUUUUCUGUGAACCAGAGCGUAAUGAUCAGUAUUUUGUGUCCAGGAGCCAAUGUGAACGCUCAGGCGGCUGAUCUGGCGACGCCGCUGCUCAUCGCCUCCCAGGAAGGCCACCAGGACUGCGUGGAUCUCCUGCUGGAGCGCGGCGCCGAUCCCAACAUGGCCUGCAGCGACGACUGGCCUCAGCUUCCCAUUCAUGCUGCUGCUCAGUUUGGACGUAUCAGGAUUCUGCGCAGACUGAUUGAGGUGACGGACCGGAGGUGUGAUGGCGGCGAAGGCAUGGUCAGUCCGCUGUAUGUGGCCAUCAGCAGCGAGCAGAGCAGCAGCGCUGAGCUGCUGCUGAAGGAAGGUUACAGCGCCGACGCUCAGGACUGUCGGCUCGCUCUGGGUUUCCCCUCGCCGCUCUCCCUGGCCUUUUAUCGAACCGCCACCCAACCCUGCAGGGAUUCUGUAAAGCUGCUGCUCGCUGCUGGAGCUGCGUUAAAAGCAGAGGAGUGGACUUAUGCUCUUGCAACGGACAAAACGGAUCUGCUGGAACUGAUUCUGGACUACAGGUGGAUCCGCGGACCAGAAGCUUUUCACAAAGACAUUCCAGCAGGACGCCACGGUGGGAAGACGGUGCUGAAGCUGCAGGAACUGAGAGAGCUGGUCUGUGUAGCGCUGAGCCAAGUGAACUUUGCCUCCUGUUGGCUUCCUGUGCUUCUGAACAAAGGACUGGAUCCAUAUCUGCUGCUGCACCCCCACAUGCUGGAGAAAGCAGAGAGUGACGUGCUGAACUUCCUGCUCCAGUUCAUAAACUGGUCGACUCUUCCUCCUCCUCUGAAGAUCAUUUUGGAGCAGAGGGAGGCAGAGGGAACUUGGGAACCUCUCGCUCAUUUUGCUUCGGUUCCGUCUCUUUUCCACCUCUGCCGGCUGAAGGUCCGAGAUGCGCUGGGCCCGGAUCAGCUGAUGACGACGGAUGCAGUCCAGCAGCUGCCUGUUCCGUCUCCACUCCAUGUUUUCCUUCAAUUCAGGGACAUCCAAAAGCCUUCCUACACCCGCCCCCCUCCGUCACCCGUUAUAAACCGCGUAGAGAGACACCGCAGCGCUCACCAGCACAGACAUGUUUUAUAAACACAUUUCACUCCCUCUCAUCUCCGUUUAUAGAUCUAUCAGAGACAUUUCUGCCCUUCUGUAGAUAUUUCUAUCUUAGAAUAUCAGUCCUGAGAGGAGUUCAUCAUCAAACCGAAUUAUAGAAACACUCCAUAAUGUC